GUAUUGCUUUGGAGGGAACUUUUGCCGCACGAAAAAAACUGGGAAAUUGUGGGGAAUGAAGUAUUAAAAUUCUUAAUAUACACUCAAAAAUAAAAAUGUCCAGUAUUUUGCAACCUGUAGAUGUAAACGUAGGUUUAUCGCCUGUACGUAAAAGAGCAAGAUAUGAUGAUACAGUCAAUGAAUUUAAUAAACAUGAGAGGUGGAGUUUUCACAAAAACGAAGUGGUUUUACACGAAACUUUUGAUCAUGGAGUUGGUCGUUUGGAUUGUGAUACUGAAGAAAUAUAUACUGAUGAUGAUACAAUAUUUAAUAGAAACAUUCCUGGAAGUAUAGACAUUUCAUGUGCUUCUAUGACCCCAAACACUAGGGAGAAACAGCUCUCACUAUUGGAAUCAACUUUACCAAAAGAAUCUUUAGACAAAUUAACUUUAGGUGAAUGGGACAAUGUAUUAUGUGAAAAAAUUGUUAUAAAACCUACAGAUAAGACAAAUCAUUUUGACUUAUUAGCAGACGAAAUAAUACUUAAUAUCCUAAGGUGGCUACCAAAGACGUGUUUACCGGAAAUAGCCUUAGUGUGUAAAAGAUUUAGUAGACUCAUCCAAGAUGAGUCGCUUUGGACUAGAAUGGACGUUUCUGGGAAAAAUUUGAGUCCGGGACGGUUCGGAAAAAUUUUGAGCAACCAAGUGAUUAUUCUCAGGGCAUCAGCUGCAGUGAUACAUUCCCCUAUACUCGUUCCCAAUAUAAAGGCAGCUUUAUCUGACUUCACAGCAAGACUGUUGUAUUUAGACCUAGGUAUGUCGUAUAUAACGUGCGAAAGCCUCGUUAUAAUUUUCAAUAAAUGUAGACGUCUUAAGAAACUCAAUUUAGAACAUGUAGAAGUGAAUGAUGACGUUCUUAUAGCAUUGUCAGCAAAUAAGGACAUAGAGGUGUUAAAUUUAUCAAUGUCUCUGGGAAUAGAAGAAGAUGGACUUAAAUAUUUACUGACAAAUUGUAGAAAAAUUAGGGAGCUAAAUAUUGCAUGGACGGACUUAUCACAUAACUGUGUGAAAUAUAUUAGCAAAAAUCUACCGUCUUCGAUGGAUAGGCUCAAUUUUUCUGGCUGCAAACGAAAUUUGACUGAUCAAAACGUAACAGACAUUGUUAUGUGUUGCCCAAGACUUAGAGAAUUAGACUUAUCAGACUGUACGAGUAUAACAGGACACUCAGUUAAGCAGUUUCUACAAUUAGACGAAUUAAAUUUUCUGGCGCUUUCACGAUGUUAUCAAAUUACAUAUACUGCUCUAUUCCACUUAAAAAAGUUGCACAGCCUUUCCUACCUCGACAUCCACGGCGGCUACAACGCCCUAGACGAACUUAAGGCCAUACAAGAUACUUUAGGCGCGAGAGUACAAAUCAACAAAUUCAAAUUUAGCUCCGUAGCCAGGCCCACCGUGGGGAUGAGAAGAUCUAGCAUUUGGAAUAUGCGAGUCCGGGACUGACGGUCAUUUCUGUUUUCUAUUUUGUUAAAAACCAACUUGUGAUCUUAAUCAUAGUCAUUCUUUAUGUAAGUAAGAAGAAAAUAAAACACUGAAAAUGCAUUUUCAUAGAAUUUUUUAUUAAACUCACAAGAUAGCUCUUUCGGUGUUAUUUGAAUACCAACUUGAGACAAAUAAGUCUCACUUCCUACGUAUAUUCACUGCCCACUUAUAAAUAAUCGUAUAUAUUGAAAUACUUCAAUAGUUUUCAGUGUUUUAUCUAUAGAAUAAAUUUCCGCUAAAAAAAUUCCGAAUCAAUCAACUUUAAGUAAGAAACUGUAUUAUUACGGAAGCAUAACUUAUGUUUUUUUUUUAAGUAAACACGUCAGAACUUAAACUGUACGGUACCGUAAAAUGGGGUGAAUAGGAACGGUUUCCAAAGUUCAACUAACAAAAAGACACUAACACAUGUUGCAAACAUAAAACUUAUGCACUGUUAUUUGGGUCUUACUUUCCCUUUUGAUAUUUAGGUGUUAAAGAAUUAAAAAGUUAAUACUCUAAUCGC